AUGGAACAGCAUGGCACUGAUCCAAAGAACAUUGUUGGUGGCGGAAGAGGUGGCGCCAGACCACAGCCAAUGCAAGGAGGAGGAGGCAUAGCACAAGGUGGAGCUGCACAGGGAGCUGGAGCAACCGGAGCGAAUAUCAUUUGUGGCGGUGGUGGAGGUGGUGGCGCAGCCAUGCAAGGUGGAACGAAACAAGGAGGAGCAGGUGCUGGUGCAAAGAUCACCUGA